CCAAGAGGAUUACAGAAGUAAAUCAAUGAUCUCUAAUACUUCUGUGCCCAAGGAGGCUUUGGAGAAAUGAAGGCAGAGCAUGAGCUUGCUCGAGUUACUGUUGGCUCAGUCCUCGGAGGUUGCUUUUUGUUGUUAAUGGAACCCUCUCCUCUAUGUGAUCACCUGGAAGAGCCUUUGCCAAAGCAGAGGGGCCUGCCAUGAGAUAAAGAGGUGGGGAAUGGGAAGAGUGAGGGGCUGGAAGGAGCAGGACAGGGGGGGACUAAUGGCUCAGGGGUGAGGAAAUGGGAAACCGGAGCCAUUCCCUGACUUGGCUCCAAGCAACAACACUCAUUAUCAUUUGCUGGCUGGCUGAAACCUGUGGAGAAGAAGUGGUGGGAACAGAUCAGAUAGGUAGCCAUAGCAUACGACUCAUCACCUAUGACGCCCUCUGUCGGCAGUCUCAGAAAGAAGCCAAGAACCACCAUCACCUCCAGAGGUGGCCUUUCCAGCCCAGAGUUGGGCUGCACUGGGGCGUGGCAUGUGGGGAAUUCUGUACCUAACUGGUUAUGGGGCAGAAGAGGAGGAUUUCAGUCCCUAGGCCGGCCACUCAGCCUUUUAUUUAUUUCAAAUCAAACCUCUUGCACCAGCCCCCACCAGGCUGCAGACAAUCUACCUUGAAAGUGGGUAUAAGACAGUAAAAGCCAAUUACAAGCCCCGUAGUGGUUGACCUGGUCACGAGGGCCGGGCCAGGCCAUCAAUGAGACACACUCAUUCAAGAGAUCUCCCAGAAAGGAUCCUGUAGACCUUCAGCAGAAUGUAAGGGAGGGCAGCUUUGGGUGGCAUCCCUGGGAGUGGGCAUGGGCAGUACAGCUGCUGCCCUCCUGCAGCAGGGAGUUCCUCCCUUUCAGUGCAGCUGCAGAUGGGGCAAUUCAGAUUCCACAGGAGCACAUCUGGCUCUUAGAUACCGGCCCUGUGCAAUCUCUAGGGCUCAGGCUGAUUUAGGAGCCUAAGCCGGCUCCAGACCAAGAUGCACAAUGGGAAUGAUGCAGGAGGAGCUGGGUGUACCUCUCCACAACACUCCCAUGCCCAGGCACCCCGGGUAACUGGAGGAAAGGGGGAGAAUAUGAAAACUAAUUAACAGCUGGGUGAAAAACCUCCAGAACAACCUGGCCCAUGAGAGACAGCACGUUCCAACAGAUGAAAUGUGACAUACACACCGCAGCAGCUCCCGGCCUGUGCUGGACCCUUGCUACCUCCAUGAGGAGCACACAGUAACUAGCCUGGAUAGCGAGAACGUGUGCAGAGCUGGAUGGAAAAGACUUCAAACAAAUCACGUCCCACUCUUUUAACACGCACCUUGGAGGCCUACGACUUGAGUUGCUGGUCUCAGCCCAAUUCAUAAUGGACAGGCGGCAUCUGCAUCACAAGCUACAUGCUUGUGGGCAUCCUCGCUGCCAGGCCAAGGGCUGGACGUGCUGUGGAGGCUGAGCAGUACCUCCUGUCUUAAGGGGAAGGAUGGCCUCGUGGUUAGGACUUGGGAGACCUAGACUCAAUUCCCUGUUCUCCUACCAACUUCCUAUGUGACCUUGGACAUGUCACUUAGUCUCUGAUCCCCAUCUGCAAAAUGGGGAUAACGGCACCUCACCUGGAUAAAGACUGGGAGGCACUCAGAUGCCAUGAUAAUGGGGGUCAUAUGUAUUUCUACUUCUCCGACAAGGUGGUACUUUUGUUUGACUUCUGGAAUGUCCGCACCCCUGCAGGGAUGGUGCUCUCGGUGCUGGUGGUUCUGCUAUUAGCAAUGUUGUACGAAGCCAUCAAGAUCAGCAAAAGCAAACUCCUUCGCCAGACGAUACUGGCCAUCCCCACCACCCUCAGUCAGGAGUCACUCAGGGAGCUGGAGACAGGGUCUGUCAACUCAAACCUGGGUCAGCAAAACACCACCUCAAAAAGGUGGUUUCUUUACCACAUCAGCCAGAGCCUGCUCCACGUGGCCCAGGUGGUGAUCGGUUACCUGGUGAUGCUGGUGGUGAUGUCCUACAACACUUGGAUCUUCCUGGGGGUGAUCGUGGGUUCCACCUUGGGUUACUACCUGGCUUACCCGGUGUUCACCUCGAGAUAGCGGUGGCCUGCUGCACGCCAGGGCGCUGCAGAACAGAAGAGGGCAACAUCUGCAAUGGGAGGAGGACUAAGGAGGCUCCACUAGAGAAACAGCUUGUGCAAGGCUUGGCCAGGAGCUGGCGGAAGAUAAUCCCCACGCAAUGGGGGACUCCCCCCACCCUGCGGGGAUUGAGUUUCUUCCUUUUAAACCUAGCGUGGGCUCCACUUCUAUACAAUUAUCCAUUGGCAAGCUCACUUUUGGGCCCAUCCUGGCCCAGCAGGGCACGACCCCGCAAAGCGCUUAACUGGGCCACGUGGUGCGAACUGGGCUGAUGAGCAGCUCAGCCUUACAGCUGCCGCCUCCAAUGACUUUGAACCCACCCUCAGUUCUCACUGAGGAAGCCCAGGAGCCUUUCCCUGCUGACUGGAGGAGCAAGGGGGCUUGGGCCGUGGGCACUGCCACCCUCGCCUGGGGACUGACAGAGCAGGCGGAUGUGUUACAGGCUACGUCCGUCAGCGGGUGCUGGAGGGAUGGGAAUGCCAGGGGAUAGAGUGGGGUUAUUUUACCUUCCCUCACGGGUUGUUCAUGUUCCUGGCUGGCCCCCCUAAAGGCUCUGUUCCCCUCUCCCUGCUGCUUGUGGGCAGGAGGAAGCUAACCUUCAAUGGGCACAUGCUGGUCUCUGACCCUAAGGGGACACUCCAACAGAGCAAAGCCGUACGUCAGCUCCCUGUCUCAGCACCCUCUGGGUGGACAGGGCUUGACCACCCUCCUGCUGCUGGAGCAUAAGGGAGUCAGGCAGUUGGUUUAACCGCCUUGCGCGUGCAGUGGUUGCUUUAGAAACCAGGAUGCACCAGGGGCCUGGUGUGUCUCACAGGAUCCUGCUGUAGUUCAUGCCAAGAGAAGGGCCAGUUUUAAUAAAGCUAAUUGCUUGACUA